GUGAUUUAUAACGUGGUCGAUUCCUGCAGUUCAGAGAUUGAUGUUUAGAACCUUACUGGUAAUUUAGCCUUAGCCUAACUGGUAAUUUUCUGAGCCACUAUUCUGGGCUGGUACAUCAAUCCCUCUCCAAAAGGUGCCUUGUUCUGACACCCUGAGCUGGAUCUUACUGGGUGGAGGAAGUGAAUAUUACGGUGGCUGCGUAACCGGAGGCCUGGAAUCAGUCGCUCACCGCCUCCGCUGGCUUUCUGCAGGCCAAGCAGGACGCUAUCGCAGAACUCUUCGCUGUUUCAGCACCGCAAGCCAGUUACAUAACAUUCAUAUAACAAACAGGAAAGUUAGAUACGAGUUCGCUUAAAAAUGACAUUUGGUUCCUUGCGGUAGGGCUGUGAGAUGGAGGGGCGUUUAAUGAUUAAACCGCGCUCUCCUCCCAUUUUCUGAUCCCUGGCUGUGCUCACCGUAAUCCCCGUUUAGUGCGAUUCUAACUGCGUUUUCCCCAUAAACUCUCUCGGUGCGGGAUGCUGACCGAUCUCUUCCUAACGCUUUGCAUUUCCACUGCCUUGACAGCUGUCCAGGCUGAGAAUCGGUGCUCCGUAGAUGCAAAAAAUGGCUAUAAAGUGCGACUUAGCAUUAAAACAGCCCUGGGAAAUAAGGCGUACCCGUGGGACGACAGCGAGAUGUUCCUGUUCAGGGCUACUCUGGCCUUUGCCAUGAGGGUCUACACCAAGUCGGAUCAGUACAACGUCUCAAGCGUCCAUGUGUGUGACGAGACGCCACGCGUGUCCUUCUGGUUUGUGGUGUCAAACGACACGGAGCUUGUAUCCGCCGAGGAUGUGGAAAAAGCCGUCAGGAUCUCGAGGAACCGCAUCAACAGCGCUUUCAUGCUGACGGAUCAGACGCUGGAGUUUGUGAACAUCCCCCCGACUCUGGUAGCCCCGGUGCAGCCCGGCACGCCGCCGUGGCUCAUCGUCUUCGGCGUGGUCAUCAGUGCCGUGUGCGCCGGCGUCGUCAUGCUGCUGCUGUCCUCCUUCGUGCAGAAGAGGCGGAAGAAAGGAAUUCUCGAGGAUGAGAACGAGGAAGAGAGGUGCGAAAAGCAGAACGGCGCCACCCAUGAGGUCCAGGAAGGAAGUGAUGAUUUUAACCAGAUAUUUGUGGAGGCCAGUAGCUCCACCAAGCUGUAGUGACCCGGAAACUCAUAACCUCACCUAGAGGACCACCAAAACAUGCACCAAAUCACCAGUCACGAAAGGCAGGACAGGCUGCAGACCAUAACCAGGACACCACCAAAUUAGAAUAAGGCAGAUGUCUGGGUUGCUGAUGGGGUCCAGUCUAUGAUUACACAUCUGGGGGAUCUAACUGCAGAUUUUUGCAGAUUAUUUAACUUAUGUACUCCAAAAUAAGCAAAUUCUUUUGGGGAUAUGUUUCUGUCCUUCACGACAGUUUUAUUUUUAGGUAAAGCUUUGUAGCAGUAAACAAAUGUACUAUUAGUUGUGGCAGUUUUCUGUGUGAAUAAUAAACAAGGUUAAGAAUUAAUAAAUUUUCAGUGAAAGGGAACAAACCAUAGAUUGGCUAUUCACCUGACACUGACCACACUAACCACCCAAGUGAACUGGUGUUGUAUGUGUAAUUUCACCAAUGCACAUGAUGACUGAAAUAAGUAAACAAUGAGUUAUCUAAAAGGUGGACUCUUGAGCACAAAGGGACACAUUCGGUUAGGGAUGGUGACAUAGUUACGCAUUGUGGUUACAGUAUAAUCCAAGGUGCCUUUAAGCCAUAAAAUAUUUGGUGCCCUGCAGAUUCAGGUGUGGAGGUCAAUAUCUUUACAUUGUGCAACAUCAUUUUGCUGACAGGAAUUGUUUAUUUACAUGUGGAAAAUUUCCUUGGUAUGUAGAUUUUUGGGGCUCUACACACAGUACAUUGAUAAUAAGGAUUUACCACCAGACAUGUAACUAAUUCACAGGACUCACACAUAAUAUGACUGAAUACAUAGUGAUCUACUGACAGUCACAUAUCGACUAGAUAUGUCAAGCACCCGACGGGAAUCAUGAGAAUGAGUCUGCGAAGAUGAUCACUGAAUCAGCGUGAAAAUAAAGCGCAAUAAUAAACAAAA